AUGGCUCCUCUCGCAUCAGGAUUAUUUUCUCGUGCCAGCUUCGACUCGUCUAUAACUUUUGGCGAGUUCAGAGAUCAGUGGAUCACGCCAGGCGAUGUCUUCAGCAUUCUCCUUAUCCUCGGCAGCGAUGUCGUGCAUUGUGCCCUCGCCCAGCUUGCAGGAUCUGGGGUAGCUCCAGUGUCAUUUUCUUUUGGAUGGGUCGCAUAUUCGAUCGCGGCUUUGAGCUCAGCAGUCGGCGAGAACAAACUGAUGCCUCCUGACCCCGACUGCAAGUGCAAAGUCAUCAACGGCAGGGGUGGCUAUGUCCGUGAUAACUCGAGCUGGAUUCUGGGCCGGAUCGUGCGAGACUUCGGCCAUUGGAAGGACAAUGAAAUACAGAAGAAGUUAGACAGCGUCUUGGAUCAAAAAUUUGAGAAGAUGAGGAUGAGGGAUAAGGAUGCGGAGAGACCGCCCAUGGCGGGCCUGAUAGUGUCCAUCUACGAGCCAAGCACAAGCAUACCGACAGGCACGGUCAAGCGAGAUAUGGUGUACUGGAUGGGCCUGGCGGUCUUGGUUUUGCAGCUUGCCAUCGCCUCCGUCGCUUGUGGUGUCUAUGGCGAGUGGGGGACGCUCUUUGUCACAGUCGUCGGGAUAGUCCUCUCGCUUGCAACAGGCCUGCUCCCUCAGUGGAAGAAGGAGAAGUGGGCUUGUCGGCGCAAGGCCAAGGACAGCUACAUCCUAACAAGGGGGAACGGUUCUCAGCAUGCCAUCGUCGUCCGGGGAAACCGCCGCGGCUUCAACCUAGAAGACCUAGCGUCCGGCCAGGAUAACGUCAUGGUAGCGACUAACCUGCUCACCAGCAUCGCUCUCCUCGUCCUGGCUGUCCUAUGGAUUCUGCUACUGAUCACCGCAGCGGGAAUAAAACAUAACACAUGGUUUUUACUUGCCGUUGGCUCCAUUGGCAUACUACAAAAUAUCUAUGUAGCCGGUGCUCCGCGUCGGCCUGAGAAUUUCGGUAUUCCCCUUGACUUCGUCGAGGUCAUCGGCCAGCCGAGCACAAUGGAAACACUUCUAGAAGUCGAGGAGAAGUACGAAAAGGUAGGACGUUCCAUGCUGGAGGAGUUUUUCCCGGGGUCGCUGACCGGAUCGGAACAAGAACGGUGGGAUGAGAUCGCGCGUAACCACGGUGCAGCGAAGAAGGACGCGCAGUAG